GUGACAUUUGUUUAAGAGAAUAUAAGAAACAAUGGGAUUCUAAAGGAACUUGACAAUUUUUGGUUAUUUCUGCUGAAGUCAUGACAACGACUGGGCAACUUGAUCAUCCGUCCCCUACACCCGGGGUAUCGCCUGAGAGCGCGGAAGACGGCGGAGUGCGCAUUGUCCUGAUCGUGUUGUGGGUGGCGGGCGGCGUGCUGCUUUUGUCGCUCUGUGCUCUCCUUGUGUGCAUUAUCAGAAGCCACAUAAAAGAACAGAGAAGCACUGGUAUGCGUGCUGGUACAAGUGGCCUGGCGGCUCCGCAGCAAGGCAGCGUCAACCCGACCUUCUCAAACUACGACGAGAUAUGGACGUGGAUCCCUAUAGUUACCGAGCACUCGGGAAACUGUCAGUCUCAGAUAAACCCGGGUCAGAGAAACAUAGACAUGACCCGGCGCAAUACAGAGUUGGUCAAUAAUCUCAGACUGCCCACGUACAGUGAAGCAGUAAACGGGAAUGGUAACGUGAAUAGACCACUCGUGUCCCAGGUACGUAUGACGUCACACAUAACGUCAGGACAGCAAACUAGCAGAAGUGGGGCUGCGGGUCAUCAGCAUUUGCCUAGCUUUGUGCCUUCAACUGGUACAAGUAAUAAUAAUCGGGAUGUCCCUGUCAGGCAUGGAGAGACCUGUGUUAACAUUCCCAUCCAAGGCACGUCAACCAGCGCCACGUCUGGUCCAUCAACUUCCCAGGUUAUCUUCCGGCCCACAAACACUUCCACUUCUCGGAACAACACAACACCAGAUGACAUUCCUGUGUCCAGGUCAUCAUUACAUGCUCACGUGACAAACAUAUCUGUGACGCCAUCUAGCGUUUCCGCUCUUCAGCAGGCACGUGCGCUAGUGGAAGGCGCUGGGAGCCGGGAACCUUAUAAGCCUCUACCGUCUGCACCCAGCCUCCAGCAGACCGAGCCUGAAAAUAGUCGCGUGUCGUCUAGUGCUAGACCUCGCAAUCAGCUGACCUCAUACAUUGCUCAAAGAACACAUUCACCGCGCGACAGUCAAACGGCGAAUAACUGUGUCACUGAUGUGCAUCACGCUGAAAGACGUCAACCUGGCGUAUGCAUUCAAAAUGGGCCGAAUGAAAACAGGGAGUCUCCGGUGUAUUCCGGACAUCUCCGGCAAGACUCGUACAUCAUGUAUCCUCAUCAUCGCAGGACACAGAACUCCGCCGGUUUUCGCCACAGUUCCGGAAGUGUGUUUAACUACUUUUGCAGCAACGGCAGCCGGUUUACGGUACAAGACAUUACGGACGGAGUGCAUCCGUCGCCUUACACAUUACCGGAAAUGACAUCAACUCUUGUGCCAUCAUCAGGGAGCUUGCGAUCAAGUAUGGAGACGCAGUAUUUUUAGAAGGAGGAUGCGGGCGUAAGCAUGAACCUAGCCGGAGCCGCCGGAUGUAGAUAUCCUGAGUCACAUCCGGCACAAACGAGUACUGUGUGAGGUUUGCAACCGGAAGUUGCUAUUCAUGGAAUGCAGCCACGUAUUCUCAAUUUACAUUUUUAUUUUGUGUGUUUAUUUAUAUGUGCUAGUUGGGUCCGUGUAUAUACGGUCUAUCAAUUUUGGUUUUCUAUUUAAUCAUUAGAAAAACGAAAAAGGAUUUGUGUGUUCCUUUUUCGUUUUAUUCUUUCAAUUGUAAAAAACUAAAAACGAAAAGACGGUAUAUACACGGACCUAGCUGAGUUAUAUAUCUAGUAUUUAUUCAAGGGGUUAUACUAGUCAAUCAUUGCUAACAUGGCGGCGUAGCCAGUAGAGGCAUUAUAUACAGCUCAAGAAAGUUCAAUUAUCUGUGUGAAAAUAAGGAACUGUUUUUGGUGUCAUACCAUGUAUUUAUAUGUAGAAUUACGGGAGUUCGUAGCCUGAUAAAAUAUCGGGUAGAGAGGAUCAUAGUAUUGUUGUCAAUACAGGCUGCUUUCUGACAAAAUAUUGUUGACGACUCUUUUCACUUGUAAUAAUUUAUUAUCAUUACAUCAAGGAAUUUUAAAAGAAAGCAAUUCACUAUAAUUUCAAAUCGGUAACUUAAAAUGUUAAUUUUGGCUAUUUCGGACAUUUUAUGAAUGAUCACAACCAGACACGGACUGGUAGUUCAUCUUAAUCUACCUAAUGUUAUUGAAUAUAUAUAUUUGAUUUUGUUUAAGCAUUUACAUUCGGUUAAUCGGUAAUCAUAUUCAGUUUGCCAGUACCAAUAUUAUGUUCGUUUCCCAGUGUCAUGAUUAUGUACGUUUUCCAGUACCAAUAGUUUGUAUAUUUCACAAGGUCAAUAUUACGUACGGUUCCCAGUACCAAUAGUAUGUACAUUUCGCAGUGUCAUGAUUAUGUACGUUUUCCAGUACCAAUAGUAUGUACAUUUCACAGUGUCAGUAUUACGUACGUUUUCCAGUACCAAUUCUAUGUACAUUUCACAGUGUCAGUAUUAUGUACAUUUCCCAGUACCAAUAGUAUGUACAUUUCACAGUGUCAAUAUUACAUACGUUUCCCAGUACCAAAAUUAUGUACAUUUCACAGUGUCAAUAUUACGUACGUUUCCCAGUACCAAUUGUUUGUACAUUUCACAGUGUCAAUAUUACGUACGUUUCCCAGUACCAAUUGUUUGUACAUUUCACAGUGUCAAUAUAAUGUACGUUUCCCAGUACCAAUAGUAUGUACAUUUCACAGUGUCAAUAUAACGUACGUUUCCCAGUACCAAUAUUAUGUACAUUUCACAGUGUCAAUAUUACGUACGUUUUCCAGUACCAAUAUUAUGUACAUUUCACAGUGUCAAUAUUACGUACGUUUCCCAGUACCGAUAGUAUGUACAUUUCACAGGGUCAAUAUUACGUACGUUUCCCAGUACCAAUAGUAUGUACAUUUCACAGGCUCAAUAUAAUGUAUAUUUCCCAGUACCAAUAGAAUGUACAUUUCACAGUGUCAACAUAACCUACGUUUCCCAGUACCAAUAGUAUGUACAUUUCACAGUGCCAAUAUUACGUACAUUUUCCAGUACCAAUAGUAUGUACAUUUCACAGGGUCAAUAUUACGUACGUUUCCCAGUACCAAUAGUAUGUACAUUUCACAGGGUCAAUAUUACGUACGUUACCCAGUACCAAUAUUAUGUACAUUUCACAGUGUCAAUAUAACGUACGUUUCUCAGUACCAAUAUUAUGUACGUUUCCCAGUGUCAGAAUUAUGUUUCUUUGCCAGAGCCAACACUAUAUACGUUUCCCUGUUCGUAAACUUUGUACUUUUCCCAGUGCCAGCAUAAUUUACGUUUCCCAGUGCCAACCAUGUGUACGUUGCCAGUGCAAGAAUUGUUUACGUUUCCAAGUGCCAACAAUAUGUACGUUGCCAGUGCAAGAAUUAUUUAUGUUUCCUAGUGCCAACAAUAUGUACGUUUCCCAGUGCCAACAAUAUGUACGUUGCCAGUGCAAGAAUUGUUUACGUUUUCAAGUGCCAACAAUAUGUACGUUGCCAGUGCAAGAAUUAUUUAUUUUUCCUAGUGCCAACAAUAUGUACGUUUCCCAGUGCCAACAAUAUAUAUGUUGCCAGUGCAAGAAUUGUUUACGUUUCCAAGUGCCAACAAUAUGUACGUUGCCAGUGCAAGAAUUGUUUACGUUUUCAAGUGCCAACAAUAUGUACGUUGCCAGUGCAAGAAUUAUUUAUGUUUCCUAGUGCCAACAAUAUGUACGUUUCCCAGUGCCAACAAUAUGUAUGUUGCCAGUGCAAGAAUUGUUUACGUUUCCAAGUGCCAACAAUAUGUACGUUGCCAGUGCAAGAAUUGUUUACGUUUCCAAGUGCCAACAAUAUGUAUGUUGCCAAUGCAAGAAUUAUUUACGUUUCCUAGUGCAAACAAUAUUUACGUUGCCAGUGCAAGAAUUAUUUACGUUUCCAAGUGCCAACAAUAUGUACGUUUCCCAGUGCAAGAAAUAUUUACGUUUACCAGUGCCAACAAUAUGUACGUUUCCCAGUGCAAGAAAUAUUUACGUUUACCAGUGCCAACAAUGUGUACGUUUAUACCUUCAAAUUUUAAAAAUAAAUUGCCAACAAAUUCCGAUCAUAACAUCAUUUAUAUAAAAAAAAUGGUUCAUUUCCAUAUUCAUAUAAAAAUGCGUCUGUAUUAUUUUGUGCCAAACAUUGCAAUACGUGUAUUUCAUUUAAUUGUUUAUUGAUAUUGUCAUUGAAAUCAAAAUAACGGUCAAGUUAUGUCAUUACUUUCUAUUGUUAGUAUAAAUAAUUAUGUAUGUUGAUGAUAUAUUUGUGUUUAUUAUGAAUGAAUGUUGUUGACUUAUUUGGGUGUAUUAUGAAUAUAUGUUGUUUAUACAUUUGCGUGUAUUAUGAAUUGGUUUGUGUUUAUAUACAUUACUUGGGUGUUUCAUGACUAUAAUUAUGGGUUGAUAUAAUAUAAUGUUUCUACCUUAACUUGUUUGCUGCUGUCUUCCUAUUAUUUUAAAACACAUGAUGUUUGACGAUCUUUUAUGAUCUAGAAUUGUAUUUAUACCCCAAGUGCCAAAUUGCAUGUGUUCAUAUAAAAGUAUUACCAUUUCAAA